AUGUUCAAGAGCCGCAGCGAAGGCAAUGUUGUUUACAAGUGCACCGUUCGACUGCUGGAAGAUCUCGAUGUCCUGGAGUGUGAAUUUCAGCCACACCAUAAGGGUAGUUUUCUCCUGGACUACGUCUGCGAGCAGCUGGAAAUCACCGAAAAGGAUUAUUUUGGGCUCCGAUUUGUCGACUCCGCAAAGCAGAGGCAUUGGCUGGAUCUGGCGAAAACUAUAAUCAAACAAGUCAAAGAUGUUGAUCCACUCGUGCUUUCGUUUCGUGUCAAAUUUUACCCGGCCGAUCCCCUACGGCUAACCAACAAUGGGAAACUGAUGCUGUACCAGCAGUUAAAACGCGAUCUUCGGCAUGGUCGUUUGUACUGUUCAGCUGGUGAGGCGGCCGCCCUGGGAGCGCUUAUAGUACAAGAUGAGCUUGGGGAUUUCGAUGCGGAAACACACACCGGUGAGUACGUGUCGUCCCUCAAAAUUGCCCUGCGACAAUCGGAUCAGCUCGAAAAGAAGGCCAUGGAGCUGCACCAGAAGCGGGAACCGGGCCAGGAAGCAGUCGCGGUGUACGAUGAGUUUGUCGGUAUCGCGCGCAGUUUAGAAACGUACGGUAUCGAUCCACAUCCGGUGAAGGAUCACCGUGGUACACAGCUUUACCUGGGAAUUAACUUUUCCGGCAUCAGCACGUUUGCGGCUGGACGUAGAACACAGCACUUCCGCUGGCCUGAGGUGCACAAGAUUAAUUUUGAGGGCAAGAUGUUCAUCAUCCAUCUAGCGUACUCGGAGGAUCGGAGAGAAGUGAAAAAACAUACUGUAGGAUUUAAGUGUCCGUCAGGCGCGGCCUGCCGGUACGUGUGGCGAUGUUCCAUCGAGCAGAUGUUGUUCUUUACUCUUCCAACUAGCCAACACGCCUCCGUUGUUUCCGGAGGUGGAUUUUUCUCUUGGGGUACCAAAUUUCGUUACUCGGGGCGCACCGAACGGGAACUGAUGUCGGAAGCACUGCAAGCCCUUCGCCAGCAGAAGCUCAACAAUACCAGCCCGAGCAAAAGGAAAGCUCAAAGUGUGCCAGCGACACCCUCGAGCCCUCAGGGAGAUUUGGCGGAAAUUCGUAAGUCCCGAUAUAGUAGCCUUCCACGAUCGACCAUGUCGGAGCCGCUGGGCGGUUGCGGCGAUCAUAUGGCAUCGUCCGUGUACUGCACCGACAAUCCACUGCCAACGCUAGAGACUGUGUCGGAGGAAGCGCGCAAAACGAACGGUGAGAGUAAUGAUCACCUGUCCGAUUACUACUUCCGCGAUUCGUUCGACCAUUCGUCGUCCGAGUCUGGCUUUACCGCGGCCAACAGUGCAAACGCGAUCGGCGAUCACCACCAUCGGCACGGGGCAUCCUCAUCCGGUGGCCAUCAUUCGCAUCUCCAUCACCACCACCGUCAGGCGUACACGACGGACAACAUCCCAGCGCUUGCCAUCCAUAGUGUCACGAACCAUGCGGCCAGCAUCAUCCAGCAGCAGAACGCAAGCAAUAGUGCGAAGAAUGCGAAAAAGUUCUCGCUGGUGCAGGCAUUCGUACCGUCGUUUGUAUUCGUCGUGGUGGUACUGAUCGUAUCGGCGAUCUACAUCCUCGAAACCGAUUCCGAGCUGUUUGCCUCGAUGCGCAACUGGCCGGAGAUGAUCUGUUUGCGCUACCAGUACUACCAGCCGCUGAAGGAGUUCCUGGCGAAAAAGUUUGGUGCCAUAUUUUGA